GUACGUGCAUAAUGACAGGAAUGCUCCUGAGCUGAGUUUGCCUCUCUCAUAAGCUCUAUAUUAGCUUUCACUUCUCCAAGUUGCAGUGUACAAAUGAAAAUGAAAAAAAAUUGUUCUCACGAUUAAUAGAUAACGCCGGAGCCGCUCGUUCCGAUCAAUCAAUUUCCGGCCGGCGUUGAGCUGUAUUUCGAAGCUCCUUUGACACAUGCAAUUUUCGAAAUGGAAUCCAAGGGACAUUCUGGAGAAUCGGAUGUUAAUGGGCCCUCGUCGACCAAUAGGAAUGAUGCCGCAUCAAAACCCGACGAGAUUCUCAAGAACCUUCAGGGCGUCGCUUACAUCUACAGACGAGAUGUCGUGAGAAGAAAAACUAGCCCCAGGAUUGGUAUAGUGGCAGAAGUCGCCAGAGAAUCGGAUUCUGAUGUCAGCAUGUCCGAUGAUGACGAUGAAGAUGAGGAUGAUGAUGAAGAAGACGAUGAGUCUAACAAGGAUGCUGAAGUGGACAAAAGCAGGAUUGCAGGCGAGGAGGAUGGCUCAGAGGAUAAUGACGAUAAUACCCCCAAUCCCGGCCCACUUGCGGCUGACCAGGUCAGGGUGCUCUGGAUGGAUGGGCCUGAGACGAUUGAGAACGCCAACAAUGUGAAAGUCAUCGACAGACGAUUCUUGCACGGUGACUAUGUGGCUGCUGCCUCUAACCCAACGGCCCAGAUAGGCAUCGUGGUUGAUGUUGAUUUCACUGUUGAUCUAUUAACGCACGACGGGUCAAUUCUGAAAAACAAGCCGUGCAGAGAGUUGAGGCGCAUUAGAGAUAUUAUUGUGGGUGAUCAUGUGGUGUUGGGACCAUGGCUGGGUAGAGUUGAAGUUGUUUUUGAUAAUGUGACUGUCCAGUUGGACGAUGGUUCGGCUUGCAGAAGUUUCAUUGAUGACGGCCAUUUCACGUGUUACCCGGGACAACGAGUCAAGGCAAGCUCGUCAUCGGUUUUCAAAAACUCGAGGUGGCUGUCCGGAAUGUGGAAAGCCAACCGGUUAGAAGGCACAGUCACGAAAGUUACUGUGGGGUCGGUUUUCGUUUACUGGAUUGCUUCUGCUGGGUAUGGGCCGGAUUCGGGCUCAACUCCCGACGAAGAGCAGGCUCCAAAGAAUCUAAAGUUGUUGACAUGUUUCGCGCAUUUAAGCUGGCUGAUGGGGGAUUGGUGUAUGCUUCCAUUAUCCGAGGGAUCGUCCAAGUUAGAUUCUAAUGGUAGUGUUCAGGAUGAACGUGAAUCGACCGAAAUGGAGUUGGGUGGGGAUACUAAGCUGAGGGGAAACAGUUCCGAGGCUUCAAUGGGAAAAAAUGCUGAAAAUAAUUCCAAUUUGAGUUCGAAGGAAGCUGUGCAUUACACGUGGCCUCUCCAUCGUAAAAAGAUCCGGAAAGUGGUGGUCAGAAAGGACAAGAAAUCACGGAAGAAAGCAGAGGAUUUCGAACGAGCGCUCUUGAUUAUCAAUACUUACACAAAAGUUGACGUUGCCUGGCAGGAUGGCUCGAUAAAACGAGGCCUGGACAGCGCAUCCUUAAUCCCCACGUAUAGUCCUGGGAAUCAUGAAUUUGUUUUUGAGCAGUAUGUGGUGGAGAAAGCAGCUGAUAGUGAUGAUGCUUUUGAGACCAGACGAGUUGGGUUUGUAAAAAGUGUCAGUGCAAAGGAUAGAACGGCUUGUAUCAGGUGGUUGAAGCCCGUAGCCAGGGCUGAGGAUCCUCGGGAAUUCGACAAAGAGGAAAUGGUGAGUGUGUAUGAGCUUGAGAGGCAUCCCGACUAUGGUUAUUGCUAUGGAGAUAUAGUUGUUGGGCUGUCACCUAUUUCUUUACCAGACAAGAUGAAUUCUUUUGUGCACUCUGUUGAGAACCCAAUACUUAGUUCAGAUGAUGCGGAGAGUGGGAAGGAAAGGAAUGCAGAGAAUGGUAAUGACAUGUCUACUGGAUUUUCUGAUCUCUCUUGGGUCGGGGUCAUCACGGGGCUGAAAAAUGGUGAUAUAGAAGUCACAUGGGCUGACGGGAUGAUAUCUAUCGUAAUUUUUCUGCCACCUUUUGGGAGUGAUGGUAGCGAUGGUGGGGCUAGCUGGGAAACUGUCGAAGAUGACAUGAAUAAUGCUGAGGAACACGAGACAGGCAAUGCUGGUGCCAUGAGGUCCGAUGUUGAAAGUAACAAUAUUGGUGCAGAAAAUUCUGGAAAAAAUGGGGCUCUCUCGAUUCCUCUAGCUGCAAUUGGUUUUGUCAUCAGCCUAGCACCAGAAAUAUUUUCUAGGGGAAGAAAGCACUCGGAUGGAGAUGAUCUUCAAUCGGAUGAUUCGACCUUAGAUCAAGAUCACGAUAGUGAAUCCAUUUCUCGAAUACCUAAUGAUACUGAAAGUCAACUUUCUAAUCCCAUCACUAAUUCUAAGGGAGAGGGGCAAGAUAUUGCUGACUCCUCUGAUUUAGUUGCUGAGACUCUUUGCAAACUAAAGCUAUCACAGUCUGAUGCACCAACACGUGAAGAAUUUAUUUCAAAAUUCAAAGGAUUUGAUAUUGUUGAGACCCUGUUGAUCAUUAUUUUCUUGGUACACCGGGACAGGAAGUGGCUCAAGAAAGUUCAAUGGGAUUGGGACAUUCUUCAAAAUAACCUGCCUGAGGCCAUAUAUGUACGUGUCUAUGAAGAUAGAAUGGAUCUUUUGAGAGCUGUGAUAGUUGGAGCUUAUGGGACGCCUUAUCAGGAUGGUCUUUUCUUCUUUGAUUUUCUACUUCCACAAGAAUAUCCAGAUGUUCCGCCUAACUUUGAAGAACUCGUGACCGAGCAUUUCAGGAAGAGGGGUCCUUAUGUUCUUAAGGCAUGUGAUGCGUAUAUGAAGGGUCACCUGAUUGGUUCGCUGACAAAAGACGGUUCUAGCGGUGAUGGGAAUACCAAAUCGAAUUCAGUUGGUUUCAAGCUAAUGCUUGUUAAAGUUGUACCAAAACUCUUUGCUGCUUUGAAGGAUAUUGGUGCUGAUUGCCAGGAAUUCGAGCAUUUGAAUCGGAUUUCGUUAUAG